UACACUGACUAACCUCACAGAUCAGAGCGCCAACCUCCCGUUAAUCGAACCCAAAUAAAGUACUUGUCUUUCUCCGGCCAUGGCCACCGUCGCGGUCCUCAUCCUGCUCGCAUCGCUCUUCCCGGCGCUAGCCGCCGGAACCGAUUGCUGCUCGCCCGCCGCUGACUACGGCUUGGCCCUCACGCCCAGUCACAAGUGCGGCGUCGUCUUGCCCGUGGCCGUGGGCACGUACGACAUGGGCACGUACGCUCCGGGCAGCGCGUACGAGGCCUCCCUGCGCCAUCUCGUCGCCACCAUUCCCGCCAAGGCGAAUGCGGAAUCCAGCGGCUCCUCUUACUAUAGGAAGUCCUGCCGCGACGGUGCUGGCGCGUGCGGGCGCUCUUACGUCGACGACGCCGGCGAGAGCCCCAAUCGGAUUGUGGCCUCCGGCUACUGCUCCUGGCACCCCGACGCCAAGUCGCCGGACUGCGGCGCUUGCAUCGCGCUGGCCUUCCGGGAGGCGCAGAGGCUGUGCCCGUUCCAGAGGAUGGCUGAGGCCGCGGUUGACGGCGGCGCGUGCAACUGCAGCGCACACUUCCACGACUACGACAUCAUGGAGCAGUUCCAGCACGGCGACCCCACUAGUGAUCCUCGGUGGAACACACCGGACCAGGUCAUGGGCGUUGUUGCAGAAAAUGAGGAGAACAUGAGAAGGAGAUGAGCAUGCCGUAUCUUGGAGACAACAAUCAUGGAGAUCUUAGCAAACCUUGGAUGGAUGUCUGAUAGAAGAAUUUGUGCCUAGUUUUCUUUCCAUGCUCAUGAACAAUGUGUGCUCUAUUUGGGCCAUUUAUUGGUUCCUUUAAAUCAGCUGCGGGCUGGACUAUGUAAUAACGGAAGGUUGAGCAUAUGCAUUAUGGAGAAAACAUUCCCAUUUAUUAAAAGAGCUUGAAGGUGAGAAAAUUGGGAAUGGGGGAGAACGUCGAACUCUAGGAUUCAA